AUGUCUACCACAGCUUCUAUCUGUGUCAUUGCACUGUUUAUCAUACUUUUCUCUUAUAGAAAAUUCAAAAGCCAUCCACAGACAACCCCUCUCUCUAGUAGGACAAGCAAGAUCGAACAUGUCCGAAGUCUUGCCUCCCGGAAUACAGUUGCAGCGUCCUUCGCAUAUAUGAUUGAGAGGGAUGGAGCGGGUGAUUGGCCGCCUAGAGCGAAUCAUGAUUCAUGGCCAGAAGCACUUCUUCCAUAUAAAACAAUAUUCUUGGAACUCGCCCCCUGGUUGGCAACAGCUACACCGUCUUUAGACGAUGCUGUCAAUACCGAGCGACGAGAGAGGUAUCGUGGUACUAUGAAGAAGCUACUCCAGGAUAGGGUUCGCCUCGAAUCAGUCAUGAAGAUUCUUGAGGACGUCGAAGCGGAUAAUUGGGAGCUCGUCACUCGGGAUGUGCUUAAUGCCUUCUACUGCUGCAUAAGCCUUUGUCGCCACGCAUAUAGAUGGGCUACACUACCUGUUGUUAAGGUUGCGCAAGCAGAAGACGUUGUGGAUUUACCCCCUGAAUUGGAGCUACCAUUCCCAUACCUUCAAAGAUAUUACGGCUUAAUCUCAGACAGUGGCAACCACACAUCCAAUGUCCUGCUAAACUUCAAUGAGAGGGGCGAGAGGGUGUUCAAGUUCACUAUCGCGCUCCCUCCACAGAUUCAGUCGACAGAGGAGGCGUUCUUCAAACUGUUAUAUGAUGUGGAAGUCAUGGGAUUCGAUAUCUACUAUAACAUCACUCUUGCAUUAGUUUCCUUUGAGAAUGGCCGAAAAGACGCCUGUCUAGAAAGCCUGAGAAACAUCAACUCUGCUCUUCGCACGCUGAUCCAACUUUUCUUCCAACAGAUGAAGGAAGUCCACAUUUCGCGCAAGAUCUGGUUGAACUAUGUACAAGGCUUCCACGGAUGGGGUGUUGGCAGAAUGAUCAACAACGAAUUCGUACGGUUUAACGGAGUGUCCGGUAACCAUAUCCUAGUUUUCCAGGCGCUGGAUGCUUUUCUGGGAAUGGAGAGAUAUCUUCCAGACGAAGACAUGGAAAGAUACAUUCCCGCCAGCCAACAGUCUCUAUGCACGACUAUCAAAACCCAUCCCGCUCGUCAGAGCUUGAGAAAUGACGAGGACCCGAUGCUGAGAGGAGAACUUGACGCGCUUGUCAAUCAAAUCAAGCAAUAUCGCGCUGCUCAUCGAGGUCGAGUGAUGCCGUACCUCAAGAACCCAGCUCCGGAGCGCCACCCGAUGACUGCUGGAAAGUCUGUUUUGACGACAGACCCGAACAUGACUAUAGACCGAGCACUGGAGCCUCUGGAUCAGAUGAUGAUUUCCAGAAUAAACCAAACCGUUUGA